CAACUUCGACAUGGGUGAACAACAGCAACAACCACCUCGUAACACCCUCCGAACCUUAGCCCAGCCGGUUAUCGGGCUAGUCACUUCGUGCAUCCAUUUGCCAGAUCCAGCACGGAAUUAUGAGUUGAAGAUGAUUCACUACAACCAGCUGCCGGCAUUCCAUGGGCUCCCGAGUGAAGACCCGCUUAACUUCAUCCGGGAAUUCUACAAUGUCCUCAAUACCUUUCCUCUCAACGGGCUGAACGAGGAUCAAUUGAAGAUGAGGUGCUUCCCUGAGACAUUGAAAGAUCGGUCUUGGUUCAUGACGUUUGCACCGGCUUCUCUAACUACCUGGACCGAAGUAUACACAAAGUUCAUUGGGAGGUAUUACUCCCAUCAGAAGACUCAGGAGCUCCGGUCACAGAUCGUCUCGUUUGCCCAACUACCGAGUGAGCCUCUUCAUGAGGCCUGGGAGCGAUUCAAAGACCUCCAACGGCAGUGUCCCCACCACAAUCUUUCACCGAGACUAUUGAUGAAUUGCUUCUACGACUCCCUCAAUCAGAAUCUGCAAUAUAUGGUUGAUAAUGCUGCGGGGGGACACAUCGGUGCAAGGACGGCCGAAGAGAUGUAUGAGAUUUUUGAGGCGAUGAGUGCUAACUCGUCUCAAAAGAGCAAUCGAGAGAAGAGGGCUGUGGUCAAUGAGGUAUCUUCUGCUCAAGACAUGAUGGCCCAUCAAAUAGCCGAACUCACAGAGCAAAUGUGGCUAAUGAAUGCACGAGGAGGUCAGUCAGUGCAGACCAUGACGGUAGACACAUGCGGGGCAUGUGGAGUUCAGGGGCAUAGAUCCGAGGUGUGCCCAUCAGCCUUUAACCAGGAGGUAGGAGAACAAUAUGCAGACAAAGAACGGGACCCUGGGGGUUUCGUGAUAAAAAUUGCUCUCGGGAACGAAAAAGAGGCUUCGGGCAUGCAUGAUCUCGAAGCGGGAAUCAACCUCAUGCCAUUCUCUAUCUUCCAGAGGCUCGGUCUCGGAGACUUAAGACCCACUCAGAUUUUCUUGCAGUUGGCCGACCGUUUGAUUAGAUACCCCAAGGGGGUGGUGGAAGAUGUCCUUGUUCGUGUAGGAAAACUUAUCGUCCCGGUGGACUUCGUUGUUCUAGACGUAGAAGACGUUCAGGAGAAUGGGAAGGAUCACACCAUCCUUCUUGGCAGACCGUUUAUGGCAACCACCAACACCCUUAUUGACGUGAGGAAUGGAACCUUGAACAUGACGGUCUUGGGGGAGUUCGUAUCUAUCUCCGUCCGGGAAGCCACAUCUGCAUCUUCAGUUAAUCUUGUGGAAGAGUGUGCCUUUGUUGACAUAGCAGACUCGUUCGUUAGAGAGAUGACC